AUCCAGCGCGAAACGAGCCGAGGCUUGACCUACCACGAAGCCUUAGUCUGAGAACAGAAAAACCAAGUUUACGGGUCGACCGCUGUCGGAGCAAGUCUUGCGCGUCCUGGAAAUGGCGUCCGAGCCUAUUGCCGCCGCUCAAGGCCGACUGGGCGUGCUGGCCCAGCACCUGGCGCCUCCGGAAGCCGGCGACCUGCUGGUGCAGCAGCUGACGGCGGGCGGCGGCUCCCACUCACGCGGCGGCUACGACCCCACCUUCCCGCAGGCCACCACCUCUGCCGCCUUCCCGCCCGCCGUGUUCGACCUGCUGGCGCUGGACGGACUGCUCAGCCCCGAGGAGCGGGCGCUGCGGGACCGAGUGCGGGCCUACAUGGAGACGCACGUCGCCCCUGUCAUUGCGGACUACUGGGAGAAGGCCGAGUUCCCGCACCCGCUGGUGCCCAGUUUCGCGGCACUGGGCCUGGCGGGGGGGCCCAUCAAGGGGUACGGCUGCCCGGGCCUGUCCAUCCUGGCCAACGGCAUGGCGGUGGUGGAGGUGGGGCGUGUGGACGCCAGCUGCUCCACCUUCCUGCUGGUGCACAGCCACCUGGCCAUGCUCACCAUCGCGCUGCUGGGCUCUGAGGAGCAGAAGCAGGAGCUGCUGCCCAGGAUGGCCAAGUUCGAGCUGGUGGGUUGCUGGGCGCUGACGGAGCCGUCCAACGGCAGUGACGCCUCCGCCCUCACCUCCACCGCCACCAAGGUGCCAGGCGGCUGGAUGCUGAACGGCUACAAGCGCUGGAUCGGCAACGGCACCUGGGCGGACGUGUGCAUCAUGUGGGCGCGCAACAACCAGGACGGCCAGGUCAACGCCUUCAUCGUGCGCAAGGGCAACCCUGGCCUGCGCACCAGCAAGAUCCAGAACAAGAUCGCGCUGCGCUGCGUGCAGAACGCCGACAUGGAGUUCAGCCAGUGCUUUGUGCCCGACAGCGCCCGACUGCCGGGCGUGUCAAACUUCAACGACACCAACAAGGUCCUGGCCAUCAGCCGCAUCAUGGUGGCGUGGCAGCCGGUGGGCUUCUGCGCGGGCGUGUACGACAUGGCAGUGCGCUACUGCAGCGAGCGCAAGCAGUUUGGCAGCGCGCUGGGCGGCUUCCAGCUGGUGCAGGAGCGCCUGGCGCGCAUGGGCGGAACCAUACAGGCCAUGUGGUUGGCCUGCUGGCGGCUGAGCAAGCUGUACGAGGAGGGCCGGAUGACGCACGAGCAGGCCUCCCUGGUGAAGGCGUGGACGUCGGCCCGCGGGCGCGAGGUGGUGGCUCUGGGCCGGGAGCUGCUGGGCGGCAACGGCAUCCUGUCGCACUUCCACGUGGCCAAGGCGUUCUGCGACAUCGAGGCCAUCUACACGUACGAGGGCACCUACGACGUCAACGUGCUGGUGGCCGGCCGCCGCAUCACGGGCGCCGCCGCCUUCAGGGCACCCGCCAAGGCCGGCAGCAGCAGCGCCGCCGCUGGGACAGGAGCCGGCGCCAAGGGGCACAGGGAGGGCGACAAGGAGCAGCAGCAGGGCGCCGGCAGCCGCGCCAAGUAGAGGGCAGGGGCGGGGGGUGAAGGCAAGGCAGGGGCGGGGGCGGGGGCAGAAUGGGCGGGGAAUGGGGGAGGAGGCAGGCGGUGCGGGGAUGGGGCGGGGGCAGGCGGUCCGCAAAAGCUGUGGUAGGCAGUGUUUGCGUGGGACACAGGAGUGGGGCGGGGCUGGAGGCGGCGGCUCAUGGAUGUGGAUGGCUGCAGGGCGGGUGUCGUUGAGGCCGUGCAGUCUGUAUGUAGGCGGAGGAGUGGCGGUGGGGCGGGACUACCCGGGUUGCUGCUGGGGACGCGGAGCUUGUGACAGGUCCCGACCUUAAUCGGCUGACAAAUAUGCGGCCACGCGGACGGAUGUUCAGGUUUCGGCACUGAGAAGUGAGAACGCUGCAGGGCCUUGUGUGCAAGAAAAGCAUAACAGGAGAAGGUCAACACGGAGUCACGGACGCGGGCGCGGGUUCCGGUAUGUAGCACGUACGGCUGUGAACAGGGUAUGGCCGACUAGCCGAGCGUAGCCAUGAAUAUCUUCAAGCGUGGCUAUCGUUUAUCUUUUGGGCGGUGGCGCGAGAUUUAUAAUGCAAGCUUAAAUACUCUGCAAGCGUAAGCGUGGGCAGGCAGGGGUGGCGCACACUGCGGUGCAUGCGCUCACCCAUGCCGUGGACGGCCCCUCCUGGCCCCCUCGUUGUGGGAUUCCAGAUUUCCAAUUGACAUCCACGCGUGCCGUUGCUUUCACCCAAGCAAUACAGCCCCUUUCGGGUUAAUCCCUCCCAGGUGACUCACAGCGCCCUCCCGUUCAGCCAUGCAUGAUUUCGCAUGUAAUUCUGCCCUCCUGAAAGCGACUUUUGUGGCCCCUACAGAGAUUCUUGAAUUGAAUACGAUUGGAGCUUUGAAGUGUAACCUUGCAUCAAACUCAUGACGCGGCCAGCGACCGACGUCAAAGAGUUCUCAACCCGCGCAGUUCUUUCGAAGCCUCACUCCACACGCGAAGACAUACAUACACAUGUACUUCUACUUCUAUUGCGUACAGCAUAUGACUAGCGUAGACCUAGGGCGGCGGCGGCGAUGCGGCGCAGCGGGCGGCGGUGGCUGCGAUGGCCGCGGCCACCGGGUGUGUGAUGGGACAGGGUUCAGGCAGGUUGGCGAGGUCCCAUAGGGUGCAGCCGCGGCCACCGGGUACUGCUUCCGCGACGGCGCCCUGGCGGUGUGCGCGGUGACGCAUGUGAGCUGGCGCGCGCCGGCGCCCUGGACGGCGAUUGCGGUGGAGGGCGACUGCGGUGCGGCUACUGCCGGCGCAACCAUUGCCAGCGCGGCUGCUGCUACUGCUGCUACAGCUGUGGCGACACGAAGGCGGAGGCGGUGCUGGGGUACGUGCGUGUGGUGUGCAGCGGCUUAGGCCGGCGAUGUAUGCGGCAGGUCCCUAGUGCCGUAGCGCGGCCGGCGGCACUCGCAGCACCAGCACCAGCACUAGCAGCAAGGGUUGGGGUUGCUUGAAUGACUCGGAUGGCGUUCAUGCCACCGCUGUUGGUUGAGGCCCUGAUGUACCGUACUCACAUUGAUGGGGUUGGGUCAGUGCGGCUUUUACGGCUUUGGGUGAAGCCGUCAGCCCGGUAUGGCCACGUUUUGGGCAGUCGACAAUUGGGGCGGAGAUUCUUUGGACGACGUUGACGUUGGAGCCAGUUGCUUCCGUAUGUUCCGGCGUAGGCUUGGCAGAUCCAUUUGCCGACGUGGUGGGCACCAGCCGCCUGUCUGCGGCAACUGCAUCUGCGGUUUUGGAGAUGACGUGUGAAGAGGCUGGGUUGGCGGGUACGUGUCGUGACACGCGUGAUGUGCACUAUUUGACUUGCUGGCAGUUGACUGCUCGAUCACUCUCAGUACGCUUCAGGGCGUUAUUAUUAGUUAUAACAGGAACUAUCUCGGUCCGGGUGAUGCUGUUUUCGCCUUAGUAAUCAGCCAUGGUGACAGGUGGCGGGUCCAGCGCGUUCGGAAGCGGGCGUGCAGCAUGGGCACGGAAUGCGCCGUGCAGGGGGGGGGGCGUGGCAGCGAGCGUUAAUUUUGGAGCAUAAAUC